AUGGGACGUCAAUAUCAAUGCGAUUACUGUUUGCGUCGAUUCAAAGACUUACCACAAAAUCGGAAAAAACAUCUCAAGAGUAAUGAACACAAGAAUGCGGUCAAAGCCUAUCACUCGGCGCUGAAGACCAGUCGGGAUCUGUUGGCGGAUGAGCUCAACAAAAGUGUUUGCAAUCAUUACUACAGACACGGCUUCUGUAAGUUUGGCGACAAUUGUAUUCAUUCGCAUCUGACGUGGGAUCGGCUCCAAGAGCUCAGACACCGGGCCAUCGCUGAAGACAUGGCCGCCGCCGUCGCCGCUGUCAGCGGCAGACAAUCGCAGACAAAUGUGUGGCCAAUUGGUGGCGAACAGGGCUUUGACGCCACCACUCAUUUAGACGUAUGGCUCCGGAAGCGGUUCAAUACGACCACCAGUGGUGCCGAAGACAAUGUAGGAGAUAGUGGUGGCCAUCGGUUGUCGGCCAUCAAUACGUGCGACACUUUUGCCGAUUUAAAGGCUGUUUUCAAUGCGUUAGACGCGAGACAAAUACCCAUCUCUUUGAUUCCGCCCACAAUUGAAGACUUUAAUGAAUCGGAGGAAUGCGAGUGGAAGUGA